AUGAGAUUCUUCCAAAAGCAGAGAAAAGCAAUCAUUCAGAUUUUCCAGAAUGCGACAUCUUACCUUUUUACCGCAAUAAAUCACGCGCGAAUUUCUCCACUCUCACGCGCCUAUACCAUUCCUUCAACUUCACGCGCUUUUAAGUUUGCUCCUUCAAUGCCUGCGAUUUCACUCUUGCUUGCUCUGCUUCUCCUACCGGAGAGUUCUUCUUCCUCCGUUCAAAACUGCGCGGCGGAGAGAUAUGUCUCAGCGUUAGGAGACAGAGGGAUGAAGAAUCGUAUUAGAAGUAUUGCUCGCCGAUCAUUCGUUACUUUCGUCAUUUUAUUUUGCGAUUCUCUACGAAACGAGAUCAUGAAGCAUGAGAAUCAUUGUGUUCAUACUUCAUACCAUUUCGAGUUGCGUGUACAAGAAGACCAAACAGCCAAUUUUAUCCCGAGAAUUAAGCAAGGAAAUGGUUGGAUUGGUGAUUCAAGAACUUGGGAGGUCAAUGGAGCUCUAUCAAGCCGUCUCUACUUCUACCAGGAGUACCCGGGAACCAAACCAGCAAAGCGAAUGUGGACAUCGAUCAAUGUUGUUACAGAUAUAUAUGUUAGCAAUAGACAAGAAACUGCUGAGUGGACAGUGAGUGAUUUUGAUGUGUUGGUUCAACAAAAAGAAACAAGAUCCUCGUGA